GUGGAGGUCAAGAUGCAGAAGACAGAGGGGAUCAGGUGGGAGAAGCUGGAGGGAGAGGGACAGGAGCCCAUCAUCAAACACUUCAUCCCCAGUCAGUUCCUCUCCGUCACACACACACACCACACACACCUCUCUUCACCUUUGCGCGCUCUCCCUUACACUAACAUAUAACAAAUUCAGAACUGGUUUGUGGUACUGAAAACCUUUUUAAUGUGUGUGUGUGUUCCUGUGUAGACCAGUACCCGUCGUCGUCUGCCUCCAGCCGUAACUGGGACAAGGUGGUGGGGGACAUCAGUGAGGAGGAGAAGAAGGAGAAGCUGGAGGGAGAUGCAGCGCUCAACAAACUCUUUCAACAAAUCUACUGUGAUGGCACUGACGAGGUCAAACGGGCCAUGAACAAAUCCUUCGUGAGUAUACACACACACACACACACACACACACACACACACACACACACACACACACACACACACACACACACACACACACACACACACACCACGAGAGGGAGAAACUGAGAAAGAGGUUUUUGUUUUAGCAGUACACAGUGAGUGUCACUGACUCUCCUCUCCUCCCCCUGUAGAUGGAGUCGGGUGGUACAGUCCUGAGCACCAACUGGACAGACGUCGGGAAGAGAACGGUAGAGAUGAGCCCUCCUGACGACGUGGAGUUUAAGAAGUACUGA